AUGCCAAUAGUGUACUCGAUCAAUCGCGGUUGGAGCAUCGGUAUUGGUAUUCUCUCGUUCCUUGGUUUAGCAGUUGGUAUGGUAGCAGCCGUGAUGUACACAGUAUGGGACAACAGCCAUCGAUAUAUCAAGCUCAGCCGCGCCGCUGUCGAGCGUCGAGAAAUUGGUGCGGCUCCGGAGGAUCGCCUACCACCAGCUAUUUUUGGGAGCAUUUGUCUUCCAAUUGUUCUUUUCUGGUUUUCAUGGACAAAUGGCGCCAGUACUCACUGGAUCGUCAGUAUUAUCGCCACUGUCCCCUUUGGAUUCGGAAUGACGCUGGAUUUUUAA